AUGUCCGAAAUCGAACACGACGGCCUUCCACUUAUGGACGACGAACAACCUGUUAUAAUGGAAUGCCCAAAUUGUGAUCAGGAGGUUCUGGAGGUCAACCAGGAGGCAGAUACUACUAUGCCUGAGGCCUCGACAAUUACCAAAAAACAUUACAAGAAAGCCAUCAAGGCCCUCAUGAAAUCCUACAAGGCCCAAAAAACCUUGGAGAGAGUUAUGCUAAGUAUGGCCGAUGAAAUGUGUAACAACGGGGAGAAAGACGCUGAGAAUGAACAUGGAAAAGGUGCUAAGAAACAUAAACGUCGUCAUCGUUCACGAUCAUCAACGUCGUCGGGAACAAGUAGUGGAACUAGCAGUGGUACUAGUAGCGGCACUAGUUCUAGCUCCAGUGAAAGUGAAGUAGAAGAAAAUGACAAGAAAAAGAAAUCGAAACAUCAUAAAACGAAAUCUAGUUCUAGUAGCUCAAGUGAAAGUGAAGUGGAACUGGACAAGAAAAAGAAAUCGAAACAUCAAAAAAAGAAAUCGAAACAUCAUAAAAGUAAAUCAACUUCCAGCUCUAAUUCUAGUAGCUCCAGUUCUAGUGAAAGUGAAGAUGAACUGGAAUUGAAAUCGAAACAUCAAAAAAAGAAAUCGAAACAUCAUAAAACGAAAUCUAGUUCCAGUUCUAGUAGCUCAAGUUCUAGUGAAAGUGAAGUUGAACUGGACAAGAAAAAGAAAUCGAAACACCAUAAAACGAAAUCUAGUUCUAGCUCUAGUUCUAGUAGCUCAAGUUCUAGUGAAAGUGAAGUGGAACUGGACAAUAAAAAGAAAUCGAAACAUCAAAAGCAGAAAUCGAAACAUCAAAAAACGAAAUCUAGUUCCAGCUCUAGUUCUAGUAGCUCAAGUUCUAGUGAAAGUGAAGUGGAACGGGAUAACAAAAUGAAAUCUAAACAUCAUGGUCGCCGUCCACAUCAUAUGCCACCAUUCUGUGGAAUGUGGGGAUAUCCUCCAUUUGGUUGUCCCGCAAUGUCCCGUUCUAACUGCUGUGGUAUGGUAGGUAUUGCAACGUGUCAAAAACGGCUGGGAGAAAUGAAGAAGCACCAUGACUGCCAUGAGAAGCAUGUUAGCCGUUCUCGUUCCCACUCUCGUGGACGUCAAUGUGAAAUGAAGAAGAAUCACCAUGGCCAUCAUAAGCGCCACGUGAGCCGCUCUCGUUCCCGCUCGCACUCUCGCGGACGUCAAUGUGAAAUGAUGAAGAAUCAUCAUGGUCAUCAUAAGCGUCAUGUGAGUCGUUCUCGUUCCCGUUCUCACUCCCGUGGACGUCAAUGUGAAAUGAUGAAGAAGCAUCAUGGUCAUCAUAAGCGCCAUGUGAGCCGCUCUCGUUCCCGUUCUCACUCUCGCGGACGUCAAUGUGAAAUGAAGAAGAAACAUCAUGGUCAUCAUAAGCGCCAUGUGAGCCGCUCUCGUUCCCGUUCUCACUCUCGCGGACGUCAAUGUGAAAUGAAGAAGAACCACCAUGGCCAUCAUAAGCGUCAUGUAAGCCGCUCUCGUUCCCGUUCUCACUCUCGUGGACGUCAAUGUGAAAUGAAGAAGAACCAUGAUGGUCAUCAUAAGCGUCAUGUGAGUAGAUCUCGUUCCCGUUCUCAUUCUCGCGGACGUCAAUGUGAAAUGAAGAAGAAUCAUCCCAAGCGUCAUAUGAGCCGAUCUCGUUCCCGUUCCCACUCUCGCGGACGUCAAUGUGAAAUGAAGAAGCACUGCCAAGGCCAUUAUAUGCAUCAAGGCAAUAAUAAACCGGGAUGUGGAAGAAAUGCGUAUGUGCACUAUAAGGCAGCGUCUUCGUCAAGUUCCAGCUCCAGUUCGAGUAGCAGCAGCAGUAGUGACGAAGAAUAUAAAGCGAAAUUCCACGGCAAAGGUAAAAAAUAUCACAAGAAAAUGUCCUCGUCUAGUUCAAGUUCCAGCAGUAGCGAAGAUGAGUCACCCAAACACCAGCGCACACCCCACUGUCCCCAAAUGGCUAUGAUGUUUGGUCGUUUUGCCAAUCAUCCGAUUAUGAGGAACUGGCCAUGUUCGAAAAUGUUUGGACUUGGUGGCAACCCGUUUAUGAUGCAACAACGUAAUAUGAUGUUCAGGCAUCCAUGGAUGAAGUGUCAUCAAGGAUUUGGUGGUGGUUGCCCCACUUUCCCUGGCCGUAUGCCACAUUUUGGAUGUUUCUAA